AUGAACGAAUUCGAUGACUUAGACCUUUUGGAUAUUCAAGCUGAUAUUCAGGCUCUUGAUGAAGCUUUAGCCUUAUCUGCGAAAAAAAAAUCCGAGCAAUAUGCUAGUAACAGUCAACAAUCUGACGUUUUGUCGAAUGUCGUCGCUGAGGAUAACGAUGACUAUGUCAACUAUCUCCAAGCAAAUCAGGAAAUCGAAAAAUCUUUGAACGCUUACGAGAUUAAUACAAGAUUGAUCACGGGCUUGACGAUAGCUAAGAAGAAAUUGACUGCUCUGCUGGAAGAAUGCGAGCAGAAGAUAAAGCUGCUGGACGAGAAGUUGAUGAAAUCUACGGAUGAAUCGAGCUCAAGUUCCAAAUUGGCAAUCAGCAAUGCUGGUAUACCAUAUUUCAAAGACAAGGAUUAUUUCAGUGCUCCUAAGAAUAUUGAUACCAAGCGAAAGGAAGCCGCUGGUGAAGUGUUUCUUUUGAAUUUGAAAAAGCCAAACCGCUGGUCAGGAAAAGACAGAGAAAUGCUUUUAAGUGCCAUAAACAAUCAAGCUAUCGAAUCGGUACUGUCUGGAGGAUUCAAUAAAGAAAUUGACGAGUCGACAUCUGAUAAUCAAACUAAGUUGGUAAUUCCCAGAAACUUCAACGAGAUGGUGGGGCCGUUGGGUGCGAGAGAUUUCGAUUGGUAUAAGAUUUCUGUUAUGGAUUUCGAUAAUAAACAUUCACCAGGCGAAUGCAAGGCUAUGUGGAAUGUCUACCUGCAUCCCGCUUUUAGAAAAAAUGAAUGGACAAAUGCAGAAGAUAAGAACCUGUUGAAAUGUAUCAGAGAAUAUAAGUGUCAAGAUUGGGAUGCUAUUGCGCGGAAAUUAAAUACAAACCGUAGCGCAUAUCAAUGUUUUAUCAGAUAUAAUACUAUCAAAAAAGUGCCGUUAGCAGGACAAUUGUGGACCAGGCAGGAGGACAAACAUCUCAUAAAAAUUAUAAACGCAAUCAAGAUCGGAGACUACAUUUCUUGGUCCGAAGUUGCUAAUCAUUUUCGACACAGAACCAAGCAACAAAUUUACGUACGAUGGACGUAUAGGAAAGCACCACAUUUGAGAAAAGGUAGAUUUACUUAUCAGGAAACAACAACUCUCCUGAAAGCGGUGCAGAAAUAUGGCAUGGAUUUCUGUAAAAUUUCAAGCACUGUAAUGCCACAUCGAACUUCGAUACAACUCCAAGAGCGUUACCAAACGGUGGUGUCCAAUGUCAAUAAUUGGAAUGUUUGGACACUCAACGAUGAUAUGAUGUUAAUUAAUCUGCAAUUGAAAUACAGUAACGAUUGGUCCAGAAUAGCCAAGUAUUUUUCCGAUAAAACAAGAACACAAGUGAGACAUCGAUAUAAUGCAUUAUUAAAAUAUAUAGCGAAGGGUACAAGUCUCGAAAGUAUACCUAGACCGCCCCCUACAAUUUCUAAAAGAAAUUUUAUUAAUAAAAAGUCAUCCAAUAAAGAGAGCACCAAAAAGACACUUAUUAAAAAUACUAUAUCUGAGAUACAACCUGUUGUAAAUAUUUUUGAUAUUCAGUUAAGAUUGUAUGAAGCUCUUUGUUUUCCACUUUCAAUUAAACCUAAUAAUUCUGAAAAAUUUUACAAUAGCGAGCAGCUUAUGCGUUACACUAAGAGAUUAUACAACACAUUGAAUUUAUUAAACGCCAAUCUUGAUAUUCCAGAUAAUUUUCUGAAAUAUGUACAAUUAAAUAACAAAGAGAAACAACUUCUAGUUUCUUUCAAAGAAUAUUUAAACGUAAGACAUAUACAGAAUAAUGAACUGAUAGAAAAAUAUAGUGUACUAAUGUUUGGUUGUACCCCAGAAGUUAAUGAGAGUGAUUUUUUCAUACCACCACUUCCAUUUGAUGGACAUGUAAAGCUCAGAAAAAUUAAAAAUCAAAAGAACACAUCUAUAGAUUACGAUUUAGACAUUAAUGAAAAAUUUCUUAUUGAUGUACAUGCAGAUUUCUCUAUAAUUCCCUCUGUAUUUCCUUUUGUAAGUAUUGAGGAAGACAUUCAGUUUCAUAAACUUGGUCAGUUCUUAAUAAAUGAUUACCAUAAUUUUUUAGAACAAAAUGUAGAUUUAUAUAAAUCAACAAAAUGUAUCUUUUCUUUUGCUAAAACAAAGACUUCAAAAGAGAUUUUAUUAGAACACAAUAAAUUGAAUGUAAAUUUAGAGAUAAGUUCGGAAGAUUGCAACCAAGUGAAAUUAAUCAAGUCGAAAAAAACUAGAUUAAAUGUAAGUUUGGAAGAUUACGAACAAGUGGAAUUAAAUAAGUUAAAGAAAGUUGGUAGAUCAAAGGUAAGUUUGGAAGCUUAUGAACAAUUGGAAUUUAACAAAGUUGACAAAGAAACUACGAGUGUCAAAGAUGAUGAAGAUGUAAAUAUGGAUAAUAUAAUUCCACCAAAUCAAGCGACUUUAUUAGGUUUAAAGAACUUGUUUCUUUGGAAAUUACUGUAUGAUUAUCAACACGAAUCUCAUCUACGAUGUGAAUUGAUGGCAUUGUUUGGAAAGGAAUUAAAAUCAGAACAUACUUCGACAAAUUCUGAACUUACAAAAAUGGAGAGCGCUGAAUAUCAACUGCUGCGAACGCGCCUACGGCAAUUAUUUGAACUUCCAAUAGGUUUGUCGAACACUAUAUUGGAAGUGCAAGGGCCAGAAGCGAUAUUUUCAAAAGAUAAGCCGACUCAUCAAAUAAUCGCAACUAUUUCAAAAAAAAGAAAGUUUGAAGACUAUGAAAAUACAGAUAUAAAUCCUUUGCAAUUAAAUAAAAGAGAUGACUCAAGUAUUUCGGCUAAUAACAAUUCGCAACUUAACUUGGGCGUUACAUCGAGAAACCUUCCUGAAGUACGUAGCUGCAAAAGAAUUAAUAAGAAAUAUAAAAUCACUAGAAAAUAACGCAUAAUUCUGGAUCAUUUAAAUCAAUAUGGAAAUACUUGUAGGAAGCAUUAAAGUUUUAUUUAUUUCAAAACAUGAUACAUUUUUUAACUUAUAUUUUUUUUUUAUUAGGUUUACAACAAUUCUCAGCCCCUUUUACUAAGUUUUGAUGUAAAAUUAUAAAAGAACGAAUAUUAACGUAAUAUCAAAGUAAGCUCCUUUACUUUCCACAUUUCGCCAUCUUUCAAGCAACUAUAAUGAAAAAAAUUGAAAUUGAUAUCACGAAAUCUUUGAAAUCUCUUUUUACAUGUACUGUGUACAACACAGAAUUUUCGCCUAAAGCCGAGCAAAUCAUUUCUUGAACUUCUGCGUUUUUCUUCAGUUGGAACGAAAAAGAGGCAUUGCCUCAAAUGCUGAGCUGCUUUCAGGAAAUACGCCUAGGUAGGUCUAAGCUAUAAUUUACGUUACAUAUAUUAUAGCAAAGAUGCACCUAAGAGUUAUCUGUGCAUAAUUUCUGAACGCAGCCCUGUUUUUCAAACGACAUAGUUUUCACUACUAUUUUUUUAGAUUAAAUUCGCAGUACCGAUACCUAUUAUUUUAAAGCUUAAGCAUGACACUUCAAAAAGACUAUGACGAGAAAAAGAUUCAAAUUUGAAUAAGUGCUGUAAUUGAUUGAAUAUAAGC